AACGCUUUACUAGUAUAUAAACAGAAAAUAAGCAUCUGUUAAAUCCUUUUGGCAGCCUAUUCGUCAUGGAGCUAUCGUGAAUACGCUCGCUGAGUGGCCUUCGAGUACGUAAACAAACCUACUUCUGUUUACAUCCGAAAUGUCACAUGUCUCGUAGUAGAGGAAAACAUCUGGGAAAUUAUUGCUCUCUCAUUAUGGAUCAAAAUUGCACUGAGACCUAAAGAUCGGGGGAGGAACACUUCUUUGGAUUUUUUAGGACUAGAGUGUAGUGCACUUUUGCCAGUUCAAGAUGGCAGACUGUCUAUUAUCAAAAAUGUGCUCUAAAGGUAUAGCAGCUGUGAUUGGAGGGAUCCUAAUUCAUCUCACCCUCGGCAAUCUCUACAGUUUUGGCAAUAUGAUGACAUAUAUGGCUUCCUAUAUGCACGUCAGAGUUGAUUCCAGUAUCGAUUAUGGAAACUUUAUAUGGGUGAAUUCUAUAACUACAGCAGCUCAGGGCUGUUUUAUGGUAUUUGGAGGCCUGUUGGAGAAGAAAGUUGGGCCUAAAAUCACUUGUUUUGUGGGCUGUACCUUACUCAGCGCUGGUAUCAUGCUGACCCACUAUACCAUUGAAGUAUCGCUCUUUGCUGUUACCAUGACAUAUGGGCUGUUGUCUGGGCUCGGAAUAUCCUUGUCUUAUGUUACUCCCCUUGCUUGUGGCAUGAAGUGGUAUCCAGAUCGGAAAGGUUUUAUCAAUGGGAUGAUUGUCGCUGGGUUUGGCCUUGGUGCUUUAGGUUCUACUAACUUUCAAACUAUGUACCUGAAUCCAGACAACUUACCGCCUGAAAAAGAUGGGUACUUUAAAGACCCAGAGUUGUUGAAUCGAGUGCCUGGUGUCUUUAUUGCAUUGGGUGUGAUUUUCUUGGUAAUGCAAUACAUAGGAUGUUUUCUACUGAGUAAACCCAGAAAUGAUCACCAAUGGUGCCAACAACAAGAGGACGAGAGUUUACUUGUUUCCAGUGAAAUAGAGAAUAUGGCAGAGAGAAUGCCUGUUAGCACAGCUUUACUGACAGAUAGAGAUUUAAAACCCAUGGAAAUCAUCAAGAACAAGACCUUCUACCUGUUCUGGCUCAUCUACUUCUUCAACACCAUUGCCAUUGGCUACAUCAACGCCAUGUACAAGAGCUUUGGCCUCACCUUCAUAUCAGAUGAUCACUUUUUGGCUGUCAUCGGCUCACUGGCUGCCAUAUUUAAUGCUGUCGGCAGGGUCUGUUGGGGGAAGCUUAUGGACAAGACUUCAUUUAGGACAUUUUCGACUCCUAUAGCGCUGAAAAGAUAA